AUGGCUCUCAAAGUCCUCAAUCCACAGGUGAAAAGUUCCCUGAGUGGGAGCAUGUUUUUGGACCAUGGCUUUAUAGAGGAGCAGAAGCCUCCACCUCCACUCCGCAGCUACCUAUGCUUGACUAUUUUCACCUGCUUCUGUCCUGCAUACCCUGUCAACAUUGUGGCCCUGGUCUUCUCUAUCAUGUCUAGGAACAGUUAUUACCAUGGCGACUAUGACGGGUCCAGGCAACUGGGCAAGAAUGCUCUUUAUGUCGCUGUCGCCUCGAUUAUCAUCGGCCUGCUCAUCAUCGCCAUUUCCUGCAUCGUUCAUUUGACCACAGUAGUCUUGGUCAUCCUGGCCGAUGUGGACGUGUUGCUAGCUGUGGUGCGUUUGGGGAGCACUCCAUGA